CAUUUCUAUACAAUUGUUUAUUAUUGAUCACUUUUCUCUUUAUGUUAUUUAUCUGUAUUUAUGGAUAUAACUUAGAAACCGAUACGCGUAUGUGAGAAUUUAGCUUAAGAUUGCCUUGAAAUUUCAUGGAAAUAUUAUAGAUGGAGCAUUGUUGAAUUCAUGGAAGCAUUGUUGAAUUCGUAGGAGCAUUGUUGAAUUGAAAUCUUAGGUUAUACCAGAUUAGAUGCAUUAAAACAGCAUAAAGUGUUUGGAAUAAAUAAUAAAUAAAUCAAUGAUAUUUCUAAAAAAAAUAACGAAAGAUGUUAUAACCAAAUAUCUUUCACGUUUUUAUAAUACACAAGGACGUAACAAGAAAAAAAUUAAUACAAUUAAUCGCGGCAUGUCAUCCAUUAAUUCUUCAGCGAAUGUGCGCUUGCAGGUUUUAGGCGCUGGAUCUGGGCCAGGAUGCACUUCUUUAAUUUUAAUUACGGAUCAUAAAAGAUAUUUGUUUAAUUGCGGAGAAGGGGUACAAAGAUUAUUUGCUGAAUACAAAAUUAAAUUGAGCAAAAUAGAACAUAUAUUUAUUACAUCAGCGAUCUGGAAAAACAUGGGUGGAUUGCCAGGAGUAGUAUUAACAGUAGCACAUUUGAAUGAAGAAACUUUAUGUCAUAAUUUUUUCAAAGUUACUUCUCCUGUAGGAACUAAACGAAUGUUACAAAUUUUGAAGGAAUCUAACAUCGUGAAAAAUUUAACGGUUAUCGUUGAUGAACUUACUAAGGAUGAUGCAAUUAAAGAGUAUAAUGAUAAUUUGAUGACGGUUUCAUGCGUUCUGAUAUAUCCAAAUGUGGACAAUAAAUAUGAACAUAUAUCUGAAACGAUAACGGAUAAUGACACAGAUGACACAGAUACUUCUCAUAUUAAUAAAAAAAGAAAAAAUAAUGAAAGUAGAAGUGAGAAAAGAAUCAGAUCGUCAGAAAAAGAUAUUGUACCUGUGCUAUCCUAUAUUUGUAAAUUAAACGACAAGCUAGGUUCUUUAUGUAUAGACAAAUGUCUUGCAAAAGGCUUAAAACCUGGUCCUAUAUUAGGAUUACUUAAAAAUGGUAAAGAUGUCACUUUAGAUGAUGGGACUGUUGUAAAACACGAGGAAGUAUGUCUUCCAAAGCAAAAGGGCCCAGUAUUUUUAGUUGUCGAGUGUCCAAGUGAAGAAUAUCUAGAAUCAUUUGUAAAUCAAACUGCUUUUGAGAAGUAUCAAGAACAAGCCUCUAAUGAUGAUAAGCCAUAUUGUAUAAUACAUUUUACACCACAGAAGAUAAUUGAUAAUACAAAAUAUAAAGAAUGGAUGAAUAAGUUCGAUUCAAAUACUUAUCAUUUAAUAAUAAAUGAAAACAACACUUGCUUGGGUAGCCAGGCAGUAUUCAAACAACAAUAUAUGUUGAAUGCAUUGCAUCCUAAAAUAUUUCCUUCUUUGCAGUCGAAUUGUUUUCAAAAUAAAUUAAAUGUAGAGUGCCAGAAUGCAAAUACAGAAAAAGAAAAUACUCCAGGAAUAUAUUAUGCUAAAUCAUUGCAAACUAUUGAAUUGAGACCUACGCAGAAAUUCGAUAGCAACAGUAAGAUUUUAAUUGAUCAAGAAGCUUACAUCAAUGAGUUAAACGAAAUAAAAGAUUUUCCUAAAAUCCUGGCGGAACUUCAUUCUAAUAUUGAUAAACAAACAAAAACAGUGCUUGCUGUGGAAGAAUAUCCUAAAUUUGUCAUGUUAGGUACUGGAUCUAGUAUACCUAGUAAAGUUAGAAAUACAAGUGCUAUUCUUGUGAGAACAGAUGAAGAUACUAGUAUAUUAUUAGAUUGUAGCGAAGGAACAUUGUCUCAAAUGGGACGUGUUUAUGGUACAACUAAAUUAAAUGAUAUCCUGGCUUCGAUUAAGGCUGUCUAUAUUUCUCAUAUGCAUGCGGAUCAUCAUUUAGGUUUGGUAGGGGUAUUACUAGCAAAAGCCAAGCUCACAAAAGAUCCCUCUUUUUUAUUAAUACCGGACACUCUUGGAUCAUGGCUAAAUUAUUGUUACGAAUAUUAUAAACCCAUUAAGGAUUAUAUUACGUUAAUAUCAAAUCAUGAUUUGUUGGACUUUAAACCUAAUACAAUAGAGAUAUCAUCCCUUAAAAAGGACCUAUCUAACAAAUUGAAUGUUAAGGAAAUUAAUACUACCAUAGUAAGGCAUUGCAAUUUGUCUUAUGGAAUUAGUUUGGUCUUUAAAAAUAAUAAAAAGGUUGUCUACAGUGGUGAUACCAUGCCUUGUAAUAGCUUGAUACAACUAGGAAUGAAUUGUGAUUUACUUAUUCAUGAAGCAACUUUGCAGGAUGAAUUAUCAAAAGAAGCAAUAUUUAAAAAACAUUCGACCAUGUCCGAAGCUAUCCAAAUGGGCGAGAGAAUGAAAUCACAUUUUACUUUAUUAACACAUUUUAGUCAAAGGCAUACGAAAUUACCCAUCAUUCCUGAAAAUACCAAUCUUGAUCUAAGCAAAGUCGGUAUAGCAUAUGAUUAUAUGCACUUUAAUUUUUCACAACUAAAAUUUCUACCUCUUUUAUAUCCUUGCCUAAAGACUAUAUUUCAUAAUUAUAUGAUACUAACGGAAGAACGUAUGAUAAAAAAAUUACAAGGUAAAAUAAAAUAUCAAAACGAGUAAAAUAAAAUAUCAUCGUACAUGAUGAAAUAUUUUUCUAAAUUUUUCUUAUUGAAUAUGCUUCAUUUGCCAUUAUUAUUAUUAUUAUUAUUAUUAUUAUUAUUAUUAUUAUUAUUAUUAUUAUUAUUAUUAUUAAUACUUUUGGUAUUAGUGUAGUUUCUUGAAUACUUUUUAAUUUGAAGAAUAUGUUUCCUUAUAAGUAAGAACAAGCUUUGUAAUGUAAAAUGAAGUUUAUAGUUUUCAUGUUGUAAUCUUUAAACAUGUAUCAUUCCUUCGUCACGUACUUCAAAACCUAUUUUCCAUAUUGACGCUUACGAGAUAGACAAUUUACAAAGAAUUAAAAUAUAUAAUAUAUUCA